AUGUCAUUUAUGGUUGAUACAUUAUAAUAAGAGUUGUAAGUUUCGAGCAUUUUCUACUGUCUAAUUCAAUACACACUAGUAAUCGGUUGGUCCUGUUCAACGGUUGUUGUUAAAGUAAAUCUUUGUGAGGAUUAUUCCGUACCUAUCGAUUGGAGUCAUCAUGAAAAUAAUGCAUGAAAAGUUAAGUGCUAUAGAAGACACGGAAAGUAUGUGGAAAACAUUGAUUAUUACUUUUACGGACAUUGUACACGAUCAUGAACCGCAUCUUGAAAAAAUUCUGAGCAUGAUCCGUACCGAUAUUACGUACGAUGAUCCUGGUCUUUUUCCGAAAACAUUAUUAAAUGAAGAAGAAAGACAUAGGUGCAGAUGCUCGAAUUACUGGCUUACAUAUCAAAUUCUCAGAAUAGCAUCAUUAGAAACUUAUGAAAGCAUUUCAGAAAGUUAUACCAGUUUACAAAAGGAAAUUAUCAAAGCUUCUUACAUAAAACAACGAUGGCUGGCUCUGGAUACAUUUAGAGAGUUCAUUAAGCUAUUGAACCAGAUGAAUGAUUUUAAAAAAGGGUGCCCGGAAGCAAUUACUACUUUUUAUGAUGCAUUUCAGAACGUCACAGCACAAGGCAAGCAGUAUUUUUGUGAAAAAAUUGAAAUUAAGUCCAUGGCACGUUGCCGAUUGAUUCGUUUGCAUUGCCUCCAUACCUUAAGCGAAGCCAUUUCAUUGUUGACAAAUCAACAAGAUGUCGAAUCCAUCAAAGUUGUAAAAGAAAUAACCUGCUCAGUUCUGAAAACAUUAUCAGUGGGCAACAUCGAGGAGAAAAGAAUUUCUAUUAUUUUUUUCCAAAACUAUUUCAAACAUGUUGUCCAGGAGCGUAGUGGCAGUUAUCCUUUAUAUAAUAUGUUCAACAUGAUAAAUCUACUUGUUGUUUUGCUAAUGGGAUAUGAUACGUGGCAUUCGGCGAUGCUUAUGAAUCGGCGAGAAGUAGAAUAUUUUGUGGAUACAUCAACGGAACUAUUCAGUACACAUCAGAGUGCCCAUCAGUCUUGGCCAGUAGUUCCAAGAAAAUGGGUUGAUAAAAUAUUAACAGAGCUACUAUGUACAAUUUUGCAACCAGAACAGAAAGUAACGAAUCUCGAAAAGCGACACCAAGAUAAAUUGAAUCAGACAUUAAUGGCACUCUUGCAGAAGCUGAAACCCGAACUAAUGCAUACUGGUUAUGUUUCCGAAUCCAUCAACUGGUUUGGAGCAAGUAUGAAGCUUGAUGAUCAUUUAGUAACUCAAAUUGUCAAACAGAUAAAUAAUGCGCGAUACAAUUCAGUCAAUAAAAAACAGCCGAUAUCAGUGCACUUGGAGAGCGCAGUUUGGGCCAUAUUUCUAGUAAACAUAAACAAAAACAGCAAGUUACUAAAACGCGCCUUAAAUAUGGCAAACAAAAUGGAUUUUAAAUUACAUGUGCAGGUGCCAUUUUGCAGCGAAGGAGAUACUGAAUUAAAAAAUCAACAAUUCUUUUUUUUCGAAUCGAAAUUAUGGCUCCUCCAAGUACCGCCACUGGUUGAAUUGUUCGGCUCAAGGCAAAUGGAUUUAAUAAACGCGGUCGUUAGUGUCAUUCUUGUUAACGAUUGUUUGCUUCUGAAUCAACAUCAGCAGCGCAACCUCUUCCAAAUUCUGUUUGCGCCUUUUGAGGCGAACAACUGGAAUGGUGAUGUAAACCAACGAUAUUCCUGGGAUACGCAAAUGGAUAAUGAACUUUGUCAACACGCAUUAGAACAAUUGUGCAAAUUAAGAACUAACAAUCUGCACUCCGAAGUAAUAAGCUGCUGUAUUAAAAAAAAGUUAACGUCACUAUUAACUUUCAUUGCUAAAACUGAACAUGGUAACGCUAUUAAACAAACACUCGUACACUCUUUCCAACAGUUGAUAUUGUCAUCAAAAAUCAAUUUAUUUGAUUUGUUUGAAAACGUCCUUGUGCCACUGCUGUCAACCAUUAAUGGUGAUGCAGCACUGGCUGAUAUAGUUGGAGUGUUUAGUUUGUUCUGCUGCCUUCGUUCGGAUUGCAUAGCCAGUUUUCGUGUAUUCCAGAUUUCGGAAACAAAACGUAGUUUUCAAUGCCGGGAAUGUAAUAACCGAACGGUUUCUACAACGCAUGUGGAAGAUUACUACAUAAAAACAUCUUCUGAACAGUUAAUGGCACAAGGCAAGUCUAUUAACAUAGAUUCCCAUUUGCGGGCCUUUCUGUUGAAAAUAUCGCACACGAAUGAAGAAACAACUUUGCUAGCUAUGACCAAUUUCCUGCCCUGCGCUUUAAAACACUUGCCCUUGUUUAUGAUCGAUGGAGAAAUAGAAUCCUGCUGGAUACGUUUAUUUGGAAGUAAUACAUCUAAGGUUGGUCAACAACUUACUGAGCACAUUUAUGCUAUUUUGCAAAUUCUAUCAGCAUGCUUAGUCAAUAAACCGGGACGAUAUGAAAAUUUAAUAACCAGUAUGAUGGAACAGUUAUUGUCGGCUUCAAGGAUGUGCAUCAUGACGAAAACAACAUAUGCCGAACAAAUAAUCGUAGUACGAAUGGUUGCAGAAUUUGGAAAUGCCAAUUCCCAUAUAGCAUUGCGUUGGAAAUUGAUAAACGUCAAGGAAACACUAUUCCAUUGUGUGCGUAUUAUGAUCUAUUUACUGAUGCAUCCCGAAUCUCAUGUAACUCAUGAAGCAUCGAUUUUCAUCACGGAAAUGUGUGCACGACAAGACAUUAGUCCUAACAAAGUUCUUUCCUGGUAUCGUCACGACAUUAUUAAGCUAAUGAUGAGCAUUGCCGUAAGCAAUUAUAUAUUGGCAGGAAUUACACUGCACCAGUCGAUAAGCAUAGUGAGUUACACAUUUGAAAGUAGAGAUCCAGUGGAUUUCGUUGGAAAGCAUUAUAAAACAAUAAUGGCAAUGUUGUUGCCUUGGUGUCUUCGAUCCUCAAAAUGCGAGUAUCUACUACGAGAAAUAGCUGUUAUCGUGCGAAAAGAUUUGGUGGCACUAUUAUCCACGUCUUUCCUGACAAUCUAUACUUACUUGUUUAUCAGCGAAUCUGUUGAAGUAACCAACAAAAGUAUCGAGUACAUCAUGAGAAUUACUGGUAAUAGUUUUUUUCAUUUGCUUCAUUCUGACAUCAAGAGAACAGUAUCGGAAGUUUUAAUUUACUACCACAUCAACCCAGAGUGUGUAAUGCACGCAUUUCGCAGUUUACUUUCCAAGGAUAGUGAUAAUGACGAGGUAUCAACAACUCGAAUCGCGGAAUAUAUUGCUGAAAGGUUUUUAGGAGUGCUAGCAAAUUUAGAAGCAACACUUGUUAAUCCAGACGGAGAGAAGUUUCUCAAGCGAUUAGCGCUGCUUAGUCUGGGUGACAUUAUUCGGUUGCUUGGUGGGGAACACAUAACACCAUUUCGGUUCAAAGUUAUUGCUGUGCUCCGGACAGCUUUAGCUCUUCCAGAAGGAUUGGCUUUAGCAAAACAUUGCGUUAAUACGUGGCGUAUUUUUGUAUGCACGGUAGAUGUGCGACAAUUAGGUUCACUUUUAAGUACAAUAUUCGUUACGUUGGAGCCAUUAAUUGAUACAUACAACGAAGAUAUUGGAUACAUAUUUCGAUACCUGGUCAUAGAGAACAAUAGUCUACUUGGUAAUAGUCUCUGUGAUCUGUUUUUUAUAGAAGAUACUAAUGUAGCAGAAAAUAUUAAAAAAAUAGUGGCAUCGCGUAUUCCAAAAUACUACGAUGAAAUAGGAAGUGAUCAAUUUGUUACCCGCCUUGAAGAACUUAUUCGACAUAGCAAUCAUGAAAAUUUAAAAGUACGAGCAUACGCAUUCUCCUAUUUAUGUAGACUUUGUGAACAUGGCCGGGCAGAGCUAAAUGAAGCUAUUUUGGGGCAACACCAAAGCAUAAGCCUUACCAUAAUAGCUACAAUGGUAGAAACGCUGACACGUGGACUUAGUGAACAAGAUGUAAUACUUCAACAACGAGCAGCAGAGUGUCUUGGAGAGCUAGGAGCUUUGGCUCCCAGUCAUUUGCCACCUAAUUAUGCCCCGACUGGUAUAGGUUUCGCAUUGAGCAUUCAUUCCGACUGUUUUGCCAUUAUCGCCUUGCGAGAACUAUGCCGAGCAUACCAAAGGCAAAAAGAUUCAAAGUUUGUCGAUAGUUUUUCACUUGCUAUACAGGAAAUAUUAAACGAACGAGGUGUCUCUCCAGAAGCAGAUAAAAAACGAGAAAUAUGGGAAACCAUCCCAGAACGCUUGCGACCAAUAAUGGAACCUUUACUAACAUCAUGUUAUACUACGGUUUCAAGAGCAUCGCAGACAGCAGUUGCACAUCCGGUAUUUAACAAUGUUGGAUCAAGUCACGAAUGGUGUUACCAAUGGGCGUGCCAAAUGAUAGAAAAUAUAACCGUUAACUCAACUCGUAACCUUCUACGAGCUUUUAAGCCAAGCUUGCGAUGUGAUAGAGGAGCUCUUAUGUUGAUGUUACCUUACGUACUAUUACAUUCAUUACUACUCUGCGAAGGGAAUGAUAAAAGACAAUUUAUUGUAGAAGAACUUCAUGCCGUUUUCAACGGAGCCAUUGCAUAUUGCGAAAGUUUUUCCACGAUUCCUGCUGCCAACCGAGCAAAUGACAAAGUAGAUAUAGAAACUGCAUCUGCAAAUGGAUUGAUUGUAUGCAUGACUCAGGAGCGGCAUGAUACAUCUGGCAAAGAGCUGGCUUUGCAAUGCGCUAAAUAUGCGUUUGGGUUAUUUGAUUUCCUUGAACGAUGGAAAAGACAGUACCUCAAGGAUGUUACAACAAAAGAUAAAGAUCUUCAUAAUUAUCAACAUAAUUUUGUUGUGGUUAGUACAUUCCUAAACAACUUUGAUAGCAAUCUAUUGGCGCAAGUAAAUUUUAAAUGUCAUGAAUAUGCUAGAGCAUUACAAUACGUAGAACACAGUUUGAAUGGCGAAGAUAAAAGUAUAAAACUACAAAAAAAGUUAUCAUUCUUGUGUGAACUUUAUUCACACCUCGGAGAUACAGACUCGGUAGAAGGUGUUAUAGCUUUGAAAGCCACAGAACCAACCCUGCACGAGUUAAUUCUAUAUCAUAAUGCUACAGGUCGGUUGCAAGAAGCUGUGGCGUGUUACGAGCGGUUAUUACAACUAACUAAUAUCGAGGAACAAUAUCCAAGCCUAAAUUUUUUAAAUAGUAUGAUCGAGUGUUAUCUACGGCUUGAUCAACCGGAAACAGCAUUACUUCUUGCAGAAAGUUUACUGGUUCGAUUUCAUGACACCGCCCUACAAAAAACUCUUCUGGAUAUACAGGCAGAACCGCUGUACCGACUAGGAAGAUUCGAAGAACUCGAAGAAUUGCUACUUCAAAGGCGAGCUGAUCAAUUGAGUGGAGCCAUCGAUGGUGAAUCACGUCACUGGGGAGUUAUUUGUGGUUCGCUUAUUAUUGAGUUUCGUCAACCGGAUUAUGCACGAUUUUGUUCCGAAAUACAACGAGCCCGAAUGUAUGUGUUUCAGGGUAGCUGUAGCAAACGUUCUAGUUCUCGUUCGUUAGAUGAACAGCUGGGCACAUACGAAAACCGUUAUGAUCAGGUGUUAAAAUUACAUAUCAUCCAAGAGUUUGCUAAAUGUGGACAUAUAAUGCACACUCUGCGCACUCUACAAAAAGGUCAACGUAACGACGAACUUAUUACGGCAUCCACUGUAAUUGUUGACCUUCAGAAGCUUGUAACAAAUAUGAACGCCAGGCUAGAAGUAUUACAACCAAAUGCUGCCACAAUAGAACCAAUCCUCAGCUUGAGGCGUAUACUUCUGAAGGAAAUGAGGCGCACGAUAGACGAAAUAAAUUGGGAAAAAAUCGACGACGACGAAAAUGUUAAUCGUCUGCGUCAUUUGGUUGAUCAAACGAUCGGACAACUUUGGAUGAAAAGUACAGAGUUAGCAUCGCGAGCAAAUAUGUACCAGCAGGCAUUAUUGUAUAUUUUACAUGCAGAAAGCUAUCGUCCUCCUGAUCUUUUCAUAAAAAAUGCUAAAUUGCUAUGGGAUCGACGAGAUAUAACAGGGGCAUUAAAGGUUCUUGAAAGAGGAUUGAAUGAAAUAUUGAGCGAUGUCCCUGUUUCUUCGGUUGAUAAUAAUCAUAUAAAAACUACACCCAAAGAGAUUCGUUUGAUACAAGCAGAAGGUAAGCGUCUUAUGGCUACAUACAAUGCUGAGGCGUCAAAUAUAUCAGCAACACUCAAUCGACGUUAUUUCAAAGAAGCAGUAGAUAUGAACCCGGAAAGUGAAGUAGCAUUAGUACAACUUGCACAAUACGUCGACAAAUUGUAUAGCUCGUGUCCAGCAGUCGAGCAAAAUUCAGCAAAUUGCUGGGAAAUGCUAUUUGAAGUAAUGAAGUGUUAUGGCAAAUCAAUGAUGUAUGGAUCAAACUAUAUUUAUCAAUCGAUGCCACGCGUAUUAAGUAUCUGGCUUGACUCUACUGCAAACACGAUACCAAAAUCAAGUGAAGGCACUAGUACUUCCUUCAAUAUGGCGCGUAAAAUCGCACAGUCCAUGAAUAAAUUGGCAAGCAAGUUCAAAGAUACAUUAUCGCCGUAUUUUUUCUUUACUGCUUUUUCCCAAUUAAUAAGUAGAGUUGCUCAUCCUUCCCAAGAAACGUUCAUAAUAUUGAAAGCCAUAAUUGUCAAAUUGCUCCUCUAUUAUCCUCAGCAAACUCUAUGGAUGAUUCUGAGCGUAUAUAAAUCAUCUUAUACCAUCCGGGUACGGCGAUGUGUAGAAAUAUUUAACGAUCGUCAGUUGCUGCAAGUAGAGAACAUGCAAAAGUUGAUAAAAGACUUUAAUGGAUUGGCUGAACGUCUUAUCGAGCUUACCAACAAAGAAAUUCCAGGAAAUCCAGGAGGCAUCAGACAUUCAAAACUGGCAAAUGUUACAGUUUCUAUCUUAGUUAAAGCUUUACCAAAACUGCUGGCUGAUAAAAACUUUUCAAAUAUUUUGAUUCCUAUUGAAAGAUGCAUACAACUAGUGCUGAAUAAAAAUACAGGGAUGAAUUUCCAACCAUACCCUACAAAUGCUAUAUAUAUUGCUGGAAUUUCCGAAGAAGUGACAGUGUUGCAUUCUUUGCAAAAACCUAGGAAAAUUUCACUCCGAGGCCAUAACGGCAAGCUUUAUACAAUGAUGAUGAAACCUAAAGAUGAUCUGCGAAAAGAUUUCCGUUUGAUGGAGUUUAAUGCAGUUGUUAAGCAAUAUUUAUCGCAAGAUCCAGAUGCAAAAUUCCGAAGGUUACACAUACGCACAUAUGCUGUUCUACCAUUAAAUGAAGAGUGUGGUAUUAUUGAGUGGAUAUCUAAUCUGAACACAUUUCGCGGUAUCGUAUGCACGUAUUACAAACAGCGUGGACUAGGAAUGACGGCGAAAGAAUUAAGAAAUUUUAAUUAUGAGCGCACAGAACCGCUUGCAAAGAAACGGCACGCCUUUGAAACCAUUCUUGUUCCGCGGCAUCCACCGUUAUUUAGUGAAUGGUUUCGAGAUUGUUUUCCAAAUCCCCAUAAUUGGUUUCAAGCUCGUUCGUCGUAUAUAAAAACUACUGCAGUUAUUUCGAUGGUUGGUUACAUAUUAGGGCUUGGGGAUCGCCAUGGCGAAAAUAUUCUGUUUGAUUCUACUAACGGAGAUACUGUGCACGUAGAUUUUAACUGCUUGUUUAAUCGAGGAGAAACAUUCACAGUUCCAGAGUUAGUGCCAUUUCGCUUGACUCAUAAUAUGGUAGAUGCAAUGGGACCUCUCGGAGUGGAAGGGCUUUAUCGGCGAUGCUGUGAAAUUGUUUUACGAAUUCUUCAAACCCAUGCAUCAACAUUCAUGUCUGUAUUGAAGCCUUUUGUUUACGAUCCCAUGGUGUCGUGGAGCAAGAUCACGUUUGCUCAAGGGGAAUCAAGCCAAAGGGAUAGCUAUUUAGAACGAACCGAUCCCCAAGCCAUGCACAAUGUGUUAAACAUUGAAGAAAGACUAAAAGGCUAUGUAAAAGUUAAUGGUAAAUUGUCACAUAAUCCACUAUCCAUUGAAGGGCAAGUAAACCACUUGAUUAAGGAGGCCACAGACAUAGACAAUCUAGCACAAAUGUACAUUGGUUGGUCUGGAUACACAUAACAAACAACAGCUAUGAAAAUCAUUUAAAAUAAAUCGAAUACAUAUGUCUUUUCUGUACUAA